UAAACAUCCAUGACUGGAGUACAAAUGCUCGUAUUCAUCACACAAACAUCUGCCCCCACCGGGAAUUGAACCCGGGACGUCUCAAGUCGGCGACACCUUGAAAACCGGCGUACAAACCACUCGGCCAUUGAGGUAGUCAAUUCAAAUGUAAGUAAUGCGAUGUUUACCGCAAAUUAUAUUUUGGAACUCUUUGGCAGCAAUUAGCAAUACGUAAUGACAUGAAAUUUCCAUUGGAAAGUUGGCAAACACCAGUCAAUGUAAUUAGUUUUUAAUUUGGCUAAUGGCACUUAGUCACUCUCAAAUUAAUGUUGUCAUUUUUGGCGCUAUAUCGUUAACAUAUUUUAUGGAAACAUUGUCCGGUUAGACGUUUACAGGAAAGAAUUCGCAGUCGUAAUUGUGAUAUGAAGUGUUGUGUACGUUUAUCAGAGUGUUCUUCUUAUUUUCAGUAAAAUAAUUAAGUGUACAACAGGAAUAGUAGCGGAAGACGUCGAGAAGAACAAACAUGAGUUUCUCAUUGGGAAAAAAUCCCGCUUGGGACUUAAACAAGAGUGCAUACUCGGAGCUUGACAGUAUGCCCUUGAUGCAGAGUCCAGGGCCGGUGCUGAUGAUUUUGGCUGGUUAUUUGUUGAUCAUAUUGAAAAUUGGUCCUGCGUUCAUGAGGAAAAGAGAAGCAUUCAAAUUGACGAAAACGUUAGCAUUUUAUAAUGCUCUCCAAGUCGUACUGUCAGCGUACUUAUUUCAAAUGUAUUUCUUUGCUAUCGCACGGAUGGGUGUAGUGCCAAAGGCUUGUUAUAUGAAUCAGGAUAAGACACGAAAAGAGAUACUCAAUUACAUCUGGUGGUAUUUCGCCGCGAAGCUUACCGAGCUACUCGACACGGUCUUCUUCAUUCUUCGCAAGAAGGACAACCAAGUGACGUUCCUCCACCUCUACCACCACUCCAUCAUGAUGACCGGCACUUGGCUCGUGCUCAAGUACUGCCCCUCGCAUACGCUCAUCUUCAUAGGAAUGACCAACUCCUUGGUCCACGUUGUCAUGUACACUUACUACGGUUUGGCUGCUUUCGGUCCGAAGUUCCAGAAGUAUUUGAAGUGGAAGAAGUAUAUCACCACAAUGCAGCUGAUUCAAUUUGUCUCCAUAAUCAUCCAGUACGUACUCAGCGUGAAACUAUCAGAAUGCCCUCCAUCCAAAGGAGUAGCGACGGCAAUCGCUAGCAACACAGUCUUCUUCCUACUGCUCUUCCUGAACUUCUACAGGCAAAGCUACAGAAAAAACAAAAGACAGGCGGAGAACAAAUUAACCGAAAAAGCGUCAACAGUGAAAACUGUCACAGAAAAUCUGCCACAGGAACAUUUGAAAGUCAAUUAAUAGUAAUACGGUAAUUUAAUGGAAUACGUGUAUUUAUUAAUGAAAAUAUGCGACAGCUAAAACUAUUAGCUAUAGAAAAGCACAUGCAAUCAUAAACAGCUGUAGUUCGCUGGAGUAUUGAUAAAACAUCAAAAGUGUACAAAGCGAUAGAGUAAAUGUUUAUUAAUAGUUUAAAAAAUAAUAGUCACACAUUUUAUAUUAGUUGAGUUGAGUUGUUGCCAGAAAUAGUGGCAUUCUGAAAUAAAUUGCCAUAAUUAUAUAUAUCCAUAUCAUUGAACUUGUUUUAAAUGACUGGACCGAUAUUAAUGAAAUUAUUUGCGUGUGUUUCAGUGGACUCUUGGAUGGUUGAUAUUAUUAUAGUGAUAAAUAUUCUAGUGCGUAAAUAUUUAAUGAUUUUCCCUUGUUCAAUAUCUUCGAAACAUGAACGUCUAUGUCACGAGAAGGCGAAACAGCUAUAUAACUUAAGUAAUGUUUAAGCGUUACAAAUGCAAAAGUUAGUGUAAUUGUAUUUAUAGUAUUUUUGUAGGUGAUUUUUGCCUGGUGGAGGACAUUACUAGCCGUUCCUGUAUCGAAACCUAUAAUGAAUUUGUUACUAUUGUAUGCAAAGAUUUAUUAAAAAAAUCCAGUGCACCACGACAAUAUGUGAUCCUGGCAGGUCGUGUUAGUUCCUUAAGGCAACAGACUUAGAAUUCAUUCUUAGACCUCUGAUUUACUAUGGUUUGACUAGAUCGAAAGUGUACUCUAUUCAGGUCAGGAUCAGUGUCAGGAUCGCAUUCUUUCAUUGACCGCAUUUAAGGUGCUCGAUAACAUUAUCGUCAAAUCUUAUCCCACACCUGCGUGACGAAUCUUCGUGGUACUGCAAUGCGCAAAAAAUUGCGUUCGAAGUUUGAAUUCAGUGGGGACGCGGGCAAUAAUUUUUCCAUACAAACGUUCUCAACAGAUUCCUCCUUAAUUUCCAUCACUAAAGACAUAUUUUUCAUACAUUACUUUACUCAUUCUAUGCUCCUAUCUCUUUUUACGAUAACUUGUGUUUCAAAGAAACAAGAAGCCCGCAAGAACAAAUUUUUAUCACCACUAAAGACGUCUAGUGCGGUGAUUCAAAAAGAAUUUACAAAAAAAGCAAAACAUGGAGGCAUAGUGUAACUACUUAUUAUUCUAUUAGUAAAAUUUAUUUUAUAUUUAUCUAAUUUUUAAAGCGAAAAACGCCGAGAGCCAACCCACGAAAUUUGCAAUUUUUAUACGCAAUUUUCAGUGUUAGCUACUGUUCUAUCGUACGGUAUUUGCCAAUGCCCGAUAACAAUAGUUUUUUCAAAUACCUUUUUUUCAAAUGUCUCUAAGCUCGAGUCCGCUCUUAAGUACGCUCCUUCAGCAACACAUACAAAUUAAUCUUUAUCUAUUUUUUAGUGUGUAUGCUGUUGGUCGUAGAUAGUCUUUACAGCGUCACCGGGCUUGGGGACGGCGAGAUCCUAAGGGGAUCUCAAGCCGAGAAUUGGCGAGUGUCUCUAGAGGUAUUCCAGGCGGAUGGCAUCUCCCCGCGGGAGGGUCUGAAGCCUCUAGACCACUCGAAUCCGAUGGGGAAACAAAUGUAUCGUCUCCCUCAACCUCUUCUAUACGUGUCAAAUUAUCGCCAGUCGUGUCAUCAUCUGGCGUCUAUAGACACGAAGCCGCUAAUUCAUUACCAUAUAGCUAAUUCAGACAGUACCGAAGUACCAAACGCAGGUAUGGUAGAAGCAAAAUAUAUUGAUAUAACGCCAUCUUAUGAGAAAAACAGGGAAUCAAUAUGAAGUAUAAAAUAGCAUUACUAGAAAUUAU